AUUCAGCCCUCUAGAUCGCUGAGAAAUAAACUAUCGAUUCUCAACGCUCGCUGUUGCCAUGCUGGGCUAAAUGGUCUUUGGAGAGAAAAGGCAUUUGCCUGUAUACGGGUUAAACAUGGAAGUAAAAAAGUUUCAUGCUCGUCUUUAUCAAAACUUUCAACAUGAGCUCGCUCUAACAUAGAUGGUAUUUAUGCUCAUAUUCGACACUGUUUGCGCUCUUUUUCAUUUCCCGCUAACGUCAGCUAGCUGGCAUCUUUUCGUGUUCUGCUUUUCUUCUAUAUGUUUAGCUUGUUAGCUCGACUGGAUUUUCUGCCUGAGAUGUGGACUUGAUCAUGGCCGCACAAGUGGCAACAGCCCCAACAUCAAAUGGUAAGAAAAGGUCGAGUUUAACUAGCAGCGUGAGUCAAGAUUUUAAAUCUGCCAAAUCUGGAGUAGUUGGUGGAGCUGUACUUGGGGUAGGAAACGGGACUAUCGUUCAUGCUAUUAAUGUAGAACGCAAUCACCAUGAAUUGAACCCAAACAGAGCUCGAGUUUUUCCUGUAAACAACAAUUCGAGUCAACGUGAGAAGGAAAGUGGAGAUUCUAGAUCGGAGUCUUUUUCGACUUCAAAUUGUAACAUGAGUUCGGGAAGCAUGGAGACGGGAACGCUUGUCAGUCAUAAAGUGAAAAAUGUUGGUGUCGGAGAUCCUCCUCCAUCGCAUCACCACACACCUCCACAGCAACAGUCGCAACAGCCAUUCAAUCAAUUCAUUCAGCACCAACAACGCCAAAUUCACAACAGCCAGCAGUCGAUACAUGGAGAAAGUGGAAACCGCCAACAUGGAGGAAAAGAGAACGUUGUUUUAGGGAAUCAAGUGGAACGCCAUCAGCAGCAACAAAUGCUAAAUAAAAGUGAGGAGGAGGACCAACCGAGCAAAACGGAGGACCGGAUUAACAGCAGGUACGACCAUGCCAGUUUGGGACCACCAACUAAUAACAUCAACCCGUCCCAAAGUGGGAACAGCUCAGUUUCGGAGUUAAAUAGUUAUUAUGGAAAGGGAAGAGGAGGGCCUUGCUUUGAUCAACAUGGCGGACAACAAAGCCCAGGGUCUGGGAUAAUGCAUUCGGUACAACAGAACAAUAUGGAUCAACUUCAACAAAACUCCCACGAAGGAUACCAAAACAACCCGUACAAUCACUACCCGAACUACCGACCUGGCUACGGUAACAGUGGCUAUGGGAUGAUGAGUCCCUCUCGGCACGGGAACAACAUGAUGGGCCCAAUCAGCAACACGGCUGCUGCUAAUCAUAGCAGAGCUGCCAUGGCUGCUGCCUCUUCUUCUGGUGGUGCUAAUAUUGGAGGGUUUCACAGAUUUCCAGGGCAAAGUCAGCAGCAUCCGUCGGGGGCUACCCCGACUCUAAACCAGUUACUGACAUCCCCGAGCCCUAUGAUGCGGGGAUAUGGCAGUGGCUAUCAAGAUUACACUAAUCCUUCUGCUCAACAACAACAAUCAAGCAUGGGGCUGACUAAAGACUUGAGCUCCCAAUACGGUUCAACAACUCAUAGUUGGGGAGGACAAGAAAGAAAUCACCCUGUCAUGAGCCCUGGAAACAACGGACAAGGAAGCGGCAGAUCACAGGUGCCACCAAUAGACGCCAUGGCGAUGAAGCGCUCUCAGCUCUACGGCAUGGGCAACAACCCUUACUCCCAGCAACAGCAGGGCGGGGGCGGCUCCUACCCUGGCCAACCAUACGGAUCACCUUCUCCUCACCGCUACCCAAUGGGAAUGCCUGGGAGGGCUCAGAUGGGCGUGAGUGGAAUGCAGUAUCCUCAACAGCAGCAGCAGAUGGCAGCUCAGUAUAGGCAGCAGCAGGGGGGCAUGGGGGGGUACUGCCAGCCACAAGGCCAGCCCCCGUACUCCAGCCCUCCCCAGCAGCAGCCUGCAGCCCCCACACAGCCCCCCUACAUGCAGACACGUCCACCGCCACAGCAGGAGGUGUCACAGGAGGGCUCUGUCAACAGGGGCCAGUCUGCUAUGACCCCUGGGAAGCCCAACCAUGAGGAGAUGGGCCUCAGCCAGCAGGACAGACCCUCCAGUCUACCUGACCUGUCUGGGUCUAUAGAUGACCUUCCCACGGGCACAGAGGUGGCUAUCAGCUCAGCGGUCAGUGCUUCGGGGUCCACCAGCAGCCAGGGCGAGCAGAGUAACCCGGCCCAAUCACCCUUCUCACCCCACAUGUCCCCUCGCCUGCGUAGCGGCCCCUCCCCCUCCCCGGUGGGGUCACCCGUGGGUUCCAGCCAAUCGCGCUCCAGACCGAUCUCCCCCGCCAGCGUCCCAGGUACCCAGAUGGCCCCACAAACCCCUGGGAACAUGUCUGAUGUGGGUUCCCAUUCCACCCUGAGCCAGUCCCCCAUGUCUCAGGAGAGAGGGUUCCCACCUGCCAUGCAGCGGAACACCACAGUCCCCCAGCAGUCGGGUCAGGGACCCGCCAUGUCCCCCGGGGGCUCCAUGCACCCCCAGAGCACCUACCACCAGCAGCAGCUGCAGGGGGGCCCCGGCCCCUCGUACGGACCCCAGACCGGCCAGUACGGCCCCCAAGGUAACUACCCCAGGCCCCCUAACUACGGCGGGACCCCCAGCGCCAACUACAGCGGCCCCGGCCCUGGCAUGAGCAACAGCCUGGGCAUGAAUGCCAGUAGCCCCAUGCACGGCCAGGGCCCUGGGCAGCCCUGUGGCUCCAUGCCCGCCGGGCGAGGCCUGGGUCUGGGGGCCAGCGGGCGACCCUAUCUCGGUGCCAAUACCAACACCGUGGCCCCCACCUCUCCCAGCAUGCCGCAGCCUGCCGGACAGGGCCAGGGCAUGAGACUGCCCCUGCCCAGUGUUAACCAGGAUGUAGGUCUGGGCCCAGGCACCAACGCUAUGCAGGGGCCUAACGCUGGUCCCAACCCUUCUGCACAGGGCAGGCAGGGAAUGACCCCCAUGCCUCACCAUCCAGGCAUGAGCCCCAGAGGGAUGGCCUCCAGCCCUGGUGGCCCCUACAGCCAGCAGCCAGGGGCCAACACCUCUGGGAGGAUGACCCCACAGGGGCCCCAACCUCUCUACAACGCACCCUCAGGGCUCAUGCAUAUGGGAGGAGAGGGGAUGGUGUGUCCCACUGACCCCAAACGGAGACCUCCAGAACAGUACAAGGAGAGCAAUACUCCUGGUCCUGCCGCCGUGCCCCCACCUAAACCCAAGAAGACCAGCCCGGCCACCAUGACCAAUGAGAAGAUUCGCAUCCUGUACGAGAUGGGCGUGGAGCCCGAGAGGCGGGUGUGGGUGGACCGUUACCUGGCCUUCAUGGAGGAGAGGGGCACACCCGUACCCAUGCUGCCAGCCGUGGGCAGGAAGCCCCUGGAUCUGUGCCGCCUCUACCUGUGUGUUCGAGAAAUAGGAGGCCUGGCCAUGGUGAACAAGAGCAAGAAGUGGAGGGAGCUGUCCACCCAUCUCAACGUGGGCACGUCCAGCAGCUCUGCCAGCUCUCUGAAGAAGCAGUACAUCCAGUACCUGUUUGCCUAUGAGUGCAGGGUGGAGCGGGGAGAGGAGCCGCCACUGGAGAUCCCCGGGGAAACCAAGAAACAGGCUAAGAUCCAGCCGCCCUCACCGGCCAACUCUGGCUCCCUGCAGGGUCCCCCCACCCCCCAGUCUACAGGUAGCAGCUCCAUGACUGAGAUGUCAGAAGGCAUGAAGCUUCCCACUCCCACCACCGCACCACACGGACACAUGACCCCCCAGCCAGGCAACAGGAACAGUGUUGGUAUCCGUGUCCAGGAUCCCUUCUCAGAGGUCAGUGACCCUGCCUUCCACAAGCGAGGGCCCAUGCCCUCUGGUGCCCCCUACCAGCAGGUUGGCGGUAGUGCAGACCCCUCCAUGAGGAUGCAGUACGACACCAACAAGGACCCCUAUGAAGGGCCCCGGAAGGGGCCAGGGGGCAGUGAGCCCUAUAGACCAGGUCAGAUGCCCAGCGGUGCCAUGCAGGACAUGUACCCACCUGGUCCUCCCUCAGGAGCCAUGCCGGGUAUGGGCCCCGGCCCGCGGUCACAGUACCCCUACGGGCCUGGCUACGACAGGAGACCAGACCAUGUGAUGGGUUCGGAGGGGGGUGUGCCUCCCCCUGGGGGUCAGAACAACAUGGUACCUUCCAGCGGUGACCCAAGCAUGUACUCUGCCAACCGAUACCCCCAUCAGCGGCCUCCUGGACAUGAAGGUUAUGGGCAGCAGUACCCUCACGGCCCCAUGCCCUAUGGCUCUCACCAGCCUGGGAUGUACCCACAACAGGGCUAUAAGAGGCCAGUGGGACAAGAGGGGAUGUACGGUCCCCCUGCUAAGCGCCAUGAGGGUGAAGCCUACGACAUGCAGCAGUACGGAGGGCAGCAGCAAGACAUGCACCGCCAGUAUGGAGGGGGCUACAUGGGGCCGGAGCACAGGCCCAUGCAGGGCCAGUACCCUUACUCCUACAGCCGAGACCGCAUGGGAGCCAUCCAGGGGCCCCAACAACAUGGCAUGAUGAGCGGAGGCCCUCCCUUCCCCCCCGGAGCCUCUGCAGAGGGCCCUCAGGCCAACAUGUGGCACCCCAGGACAGACAUGGGCUACCCUGGGCCCUACCCCGGCCGACAGGGCCAGGGGCCACCUUACCCUGUUAUGGGCCGGGGUCCGGGGGAUGACCCAGAGGGAAGGGCCCUCCAGGACGGCCAAUGGCGCCAGUCCCCAUACCCAUGCCCCUCUUCCUCCUCCAUGGCUUCCCGACAGCCCCCCUCCUCCUACCAGUCUAACCCUGCCAUGGCCAACCACAUCGCUAGAGCCCCCAGCCCCUUCGCCCGGCCCAUGGGGGGAUCCGGACCCCUUUCCCCCAACAACGGGGGCCACUACAUGGCCUCUCUGAAGAAGGCAGGGAUGCCCGGGUCCAUGCCAGGCUCACACAAUGGGGGGAUGACAGGGCAGAGCAUUCUACCUCUCCACAGAGAUAUCAGCUUCCCCACGGGGUCUGUGGAGGCCACCCUGCCCAAACUCAAGGUCCGACGCAGACUUACUUCCAAGGAGACCGGAACCCCAGAGGCGUGGCGUGUGAUGAUGUCUCUGAAGUCAGGUCUGCUGGCUGAGAGCACGUGGGCGCUGGACACCAUCAACAUCCUACUGUAUGACGACAGCACCGUGUCCUCCUUCACCCUGUCACAGCUGCCUGGCUUCCUGGAGCUGAUAGUGGAGUACUUUCGCCGGAGUCUGAUCUCCAUCUUUGGGAUCCUGGAUGAGUACGAGGUGGGCACCGAGGGCCAGAAGAUGCUGCUCGGACCAAUCACAGACCAGGAAGAGGAGCUUUCCGUUGCAGAGCUUGACAGCCAGUUAGACGAAGAACAGAGGGACAGCAGGCCAGAAGAGACUGGGCCAGAGAAGACCACAGCCAACGGCAGCACAGAGGAGGCGGUCCCAGAGGAGAAGGAAGAGCCUGUGGAGGUGACUUUGAAAGAGAUGGUAGAGGGGGAGGAAAAGGAGGGGGCUGCCACUGAACAAUCCCAGCCCUCAGAGCCCAGGCCCAAACAGGCCAGUAAGUACGACAAGCUGCCUGUGAAGGUGGAGGAGGACCAGGUGGAGGAGGACCAGGUGGAGGAGGACCAGGUGGAGGAGGACCAGGAGCUCAGUCUGCCCAGGGGGUUCACCUCUGGCCUGCUGCACUGGAAGGCUGGAGGAGGGGACUCCACGGCCCACAUCCAGACACACUUUGAAAGACGUGGCGAGGAGACCAACAGUAAGCCUACAGAAAGGAAAGAUCAGGUAGAGGAGAAAACAGAAAUGACAGAGGAGGAGAGGAAGGCUGUUGUAGAGAAGAGCAUGAAUGAGACAGCCACUAUGGAUGAUAUGCUGAGUGCCUGGCCAGGUUCUCUGUCAGAGAGGAACGGUCUUCCCGGGACGCAGACCCAGAGCCCUAUCUUCACCCUGCUGGAGGACGAGCCUCGCUGCUGGGACGAGGCGCCCCUCUCCACGGCCGAACCCUGGCAGGACGCCCUGGCCCGCCGCUGCGUUUGCAUCUCCAACAUCGUCCGCGGCCUCUCCUUCAUCCCGGGGAAUGACAACGACAUGUCCUGCCACCCUGGCCUGGUGCUGAUCCUGGGGCGGCUGGUCCUGCUGCACCACCUGCACCCCCAGAGGAGGAAGACGCCCCCCAGCUACCAGAGAGAGGAGGAGCAGGGCCGGGCCUGCAGCAAGGAUGAGUGGUGGUGGGACUGUUUGUCAGCCCUCAGGGAGAACACCCUGGUCACCCUGGCUAACAUCUCAGGUCAACUAGACCUGUCCCUCUACCCAGAGAGCAUCUGUCUGCCCAUCCUGGACGGGCUGCUCCACUGGAUGGUGUGUCCCUCUGCUGAGGCCCAGGACCCCUUCACCACGGCGGGCUGCUCCUCCUCCCUCACCCCCCAGAGACUAGUGCUGGAGUGCCUGUGCAAGCUGAGCAUCCAGGACAACAACGUGGACCUCCUGCUGGCCACGCCGCCGUUCAGCCGCCAGGAGAAGCUCUACGCCACCCUGGUGCACCACGUGGGUGAGCGGAAGUCCCAAGUGUGCCGGGAGAUGGCGGUGGCUGUGCUCUCUAACCUGGCGCAGGGGGACCCAACUGCGGCGCGCGCCAUCGCCCUGCAGAAGGGCAGCGUGGGGAUACUCAUCGGCUUCCUGGAGGACUGCGUGGCCAUGUGCCAGCACCAGCAGGGACCCCACAGCCUGUUACACCCAGCACCACACCCCCAACCCCCCAGCAUUAACAUGAUGUGCAGGGCCGCCAAGGCUCUGCUGGCCAUGGCCAAGGAGAACCGGACAGAGUUGGUUCUCUACGAGAGCAGGCUACUGGAUAUCUCCCUGUCCUCUGUGCUGAGCUCAGCCGUGGCGGCCAUCAUGUGUGAAGUACUGUUUAAGAUUGGACGCUCCUCGUGACAGCCACAGGCAAAGAAACAGAUGGAGGGGGCGUUGGUCUGACGACUAGGCUACAGUGAACACAUCGGUGUGGGUGGUAUUAUAUUUUUAUUUAAAUAAAAGGACACUUUUCUUUUUUUUACAAAUAAAUAUAUAUAUAUAUAGCUCCUCUGCCCAAAUCACAACCUUCAUUUGGAAUUUUUAAAUAAUUUUAAUAAAAUAUUUAAUACUUGGUAUUUUACAUUUUUUUCUAUUUUUAUUUGUCGCUUCGUUUUUGUUUUAACCAAAGUUGGCACCCAAUGAAAGGUAACGUACUUUAGUUUUGGGGUCUCGUGCUUACAUUUUAUUUUAUUGUAUGUGGCUGUUUGUUUGGGAUCUUUUUGCAGGGGGAAGCAGACUUAUUUAAAUUGUGAAUCAUGUUGUAGGUAGACCUCUUUAUCGUGUAUUAAGGUAAAGAAAAAACCACUGACUUUACUCUGAAUAUAUAACAGUACAUCAUAUAUCAUGUUCUGGGGGGGGGGCCUAUUGUGCAAUAGGAUUUAGUAAGCUUGUUGGGGGGGGGUUAACAAAUGUGAAUGACUUUUGACCACAGGCAACUGACCAAGUAUUGCAUCAUAAUAAUAUUACCAUACCAGUAUAACAGAGACACAAGUCACCCAGUUCAACUGACUUACUGGUAACCAUAGCAACACAGUACUUCCAUCAGUCCUUUUCUAUCUAUAAGCCCAUUUGUAUAUAGAUGUACAUUGACAGCCCUAUUUAGUUUCUUCACCAAGAGAUGUGGUAUAGAUAAGUGAUGGUAGUUGAUAAUCAUAAUGACCUUUAGAAUUAUUAUUAUUACUGCUCAUUUGAAUACUGAAUAUUUAGUUACUCACUUCAAAUGAGGUUAGUCAUUUUAUGUAUUUAAAAACCUAUGAAUUACAUUCUGACUGGGACAGGUCUAAGGACAUAUAGGGAUGAGGUUGCUGUAGUUUUGGUUAUGAAAAGACAAACGUAUUUAGAUUGUACAGUCAGCUGGCUAACAGACCAUGAUGGGCAGAACUGUAUUCCAGAAUAACAAUGUUAUAUAACAUGCCUGAUUGACAGUAACUCUACGUAUAGGGUACUUCUCCCCCUUUCAUUUGAUCAACUUUACAUUGUUUAUUCAGUAUAAAAUCUCUAUUCUAUGUUCCACAUGUUAAGAAUAAACGUACAUGAAUUUUG